AUGUAUUAUUUCAAUCUAGUUGGUUACUUUCCAGAAAUCAUAUUUAUUACAUGCAUUCCUGUAUCAAUUCAUGCAUCUAUCGAUGCGUGCUACGACACCUUAAGAAUACGAAGUGCGCCCGAAACUUGUAUCCAUUCCACAGACUGUUAUGAUUCCAAUGCUGAAUGCAUAUAUAGUGUAGCAGAAUCUCGUCACAUUUGUUGUAAGCCGAGACCUAAUAUCAUCCUUCCCGAAUGCCCCGCAGGACGACAAAUGCCAACAGUGGGAAAAUAUAUGCCUAUAUUAUGUUCGUUGACAAAUUCAGUGGAAGAUGAUAUGUGUCCACAGGGUUACGAAUGCUUACCUUCAGUUAAUACAAAUAACGGUGAACUACAUAUUUGCUGUGCAAUUUGA